AUGUCUAACACUAUCAUGAACCAUCCACCUGAAGAGGCUCAGUCCGAAUCCAUCCUUCCCGAGCCCGAUUUUGCGAAAUACCCGUGGUGUAGAUACUUGCUCACACCAUAUACAAACAAAGAGACUCGCCCUCCUGAGGAGGUGUCUCUGCUCGCUGAAUCUUUCGAGCCACUCUCCGAACUUCCAGCGAUAUUUGACCCAUUGCUGGAGGAAGGUCGCCGGUAUUCCCCGCCGACGUUCUUCUUUGGAUGGCCCGUCGAUGACGCGAAGACGCUGGAGAUCGCUCUCGAACUUGACCUUGUGUGGUACUGGGAUGAGGACGGCAUGGGCUCUACAUGGAAAUCUCAGGCAGACGUUCGCGACGGCGACGUCGUCGAUGACGACUGUACCCUCACCGAGGUUCAAUAUAGAUCGCAAAAGCGGGGACAUGCUAGCGACGCCUGGCGUAUGUUUGAAACUGCGAGGUCGGAUUCACAACAGAGAUAA